CAUAUCUCAAUGAAGUAGUGAUACGAAAAGAUUAGAUUAAUUUUCAUAUAGAAUUCUAUAACAAAUCAGUUAUUCUUUAUGAAUUUUUAAGUGUUAAUAGUAACAAAUCUACAACAAACCAUGAAAGUUUUAUUACUCCUUCUGUGUUGUUUUGGUAUAUUUAACAUUUCUACAUCAGCCCAAUCAACCCUGCGUGAAGAUUUAGACGAGUUAAUCGCAACUAUUCCAUGGGAAGAACUGCGUAAUCUUACAGAGAUAUUCAGUCAAGAAGACGACAAAUUUAUAGAAAUAAUCAAAAAUAUUCAAGGAAAAUCGGAGGAUACAAAAUUUCAAGAAUUUAUUGUUCGCAUUGUAAUCAACGAACAAUUUCAAAGUUUUACUACCUGGCUGGAAACCGAUCAUAAUAUUAAUUUAGAAUCAGAAGUUAAUAAUAUUUUAAGCGAUAUCAACGAAAUUACGGUCGGAUCUGGUGGAAAUUUGGGAGGUAUUGAAACUUUUUUUGAUGAAUUCUUAAAGGUAUACUCUAUCGAUGAUACCCGACUUAAAAUUAUCGAACUUUUACGAAGAAGUAAUGAUUUUAUUGAUUUUUUCUUGAAAAUAUCAAGCAAUGAAUCGAAAAGUUUCUUCGAAGAAUUUUUAUUUGUUGAUGAAGAAUUUAAACUUUUGAUUCAAGAACUUAGCGAUGCAGGAGUGGAUGUAGAUAUGAUUAAAAUAUUAUUUUAUGCAAUUCUUGGAUGGGAUUAUUAAUAAUUAACUUAUCUGUAUAUAAAUAUUGGGUUAUUAUACUUAAAUUUGUGUUGUAUGUAAAAUUAUUAUGAUUAAUAAAAGCUAAAAUAAGUAAA